AUGCAUGAAAUAUACGGCCCUAUUGUCCGCAUUAAUCCCCGUCAGGUCCACAUCAACGACCCCGACUUCUACGAAGAAAUAUAUGCUGGCAGCAAAGCCAAGCGCGACAAGGAUACUUCUUACCCUCCGCGUUUAUCUGCCUCCCUCUCGGUGAUUUCCACUAUCGCCCAUGAUCACCACCGCCUGAGACGGUCCGUGAUAAACCAGUUCUUCUCGAAAAAGUCGGUCGUGGGUCUAGAGCCGAUUAUCCAAGACAAGAUAGACAAGCUAGCAGAGAAAUUCAAACAGUGGGCUAAGAAAGGAGACGUGCUGAGAUUCGAGUAUGCCCUCAGCGCACUGACAGCGGACGUGAUCACCCAUUACUGCUACGGCACGAGCUACCGAUACCUCGACGACCAAUUCCCAGAGAAUGACCUCAGAGAGGCCUUUGGGAAUCUCUUUGUCUUGAAUCACCUCCUAUACUUCUUCCCCAUCCUCUGCACCCUCCUGAAUAAUAUCCCCCCACGGCUAAUGCAGCUCGUCAAUCCUAAAGCCUCAGUCAUGGCAGCUCUGCGAUCGAGAAUAACUCAGCAGUCCAGAGAGACUUUGCAAAAGAAAGGAAACGUGACGCGGGAAAACCGCGAAACGAUAUUCGACGCCCUAUUGGAUCCCAACCUGCCGCCCAGCGAGAAGACCCUGGCGCGCCUCAGCGAAGAAGGUCUGAUUAUCCUCGGCGCCGGGUCGGAAACUACUGCUAAUACCAUGUCUCUGGCUCUGUACCAUCUGACAAAUAACCCGGACGUUUUGGAAAAGCUGCGCGCGGAGCUGAAAAUUGUUAUGCCAACUCCUGAUACCCCGGCCAAAUGGUCUGAUCUAGAGCAGUUACCUUACUUGACCGCUGUGAUCAAUGAGAGCCUCCGCAUGGCCAUUGGGGGUUCCUGGAGGCUUCCGCGAAUCUCGCCAAAUGCGCCGGUCGUUUUCAGCAAGGGCACGCGAAGCUGCGUGGGUAUAAAUCUUGCGUAUGCUGAGCUCUACUUGGUAAUUGCUCGGAUCGUUCGCCAGUUCGACCUUGAACUGUGUGAAACCACUCCUGAAGAUGUUCGGUUUGCGCGCGACUAUGUCGUUCCUCAUGCUGAGAACGGGCCAUGGAGCGUCAAGGGCCGUAUUGUGCGUGCCCUUGAGGAGUAG